CCAGACAGCGUCCGGGAAGUGCGGGUGUGCAAAGGAGGCGCGACUUCAGCGACAGGGGGCGGAGCCACGCCGUCGCUUUCCCACGCGGGGCCAUUGGUAAAUCCGAGGGGGGGUUUGCACUGGAAACGAGCAAGCUCGGGCUUGAAAAGUUGCUUUCCAGAAAGGACAAAGGUGCAGCUGGAUGGAGUGAACAAAGACAAGUACAGCUAUUAAGGAGAGAGCACAACCCUUUCUGGUAAAGAGGAGUGUUAAUGGUUCAGCCAUUAAAGGCAGAUACGAAUCAGCAAACGCAUUGAAGGAAGACACACCUCUAUUCAUCUACUCAAAACCCCGAAAUUAGUAUUCAUCUCUCCUCCCGAAGAGCCUAUUCAACGGAAAGAAGGACUGAGUAGAAAACCAAAAUGACUUUAUGAAACGGCUUUUCAACAGACAAUUCCGCGGAAUGAGGGGGGGGACCACAGGCAAAAUAAAGUCUAUUUAAGGGGACCUCAGCUCGGGCAGAAUUUGUGAAAGGGGGGGGGUGUCACGGUGCAACAGAAGCUGUGAUGGAAGUUCACCCAGUGUCGAUCCCGGGUUUAUCGGCACUGUCCUGUUGAUUGCUGGUUUGCCUAAAUUUUGUUCUAUAUUUUCUUAAAUUAAUAAAAAUUAUUUUAUUAAUUUGGAAAAUUGGCUGAGCAUUUAUAAUGAUUUGGUGCCCAAACAGGGAUCAGUUUUUGGACCAGCAGCCCCCUGUUUUUGGCCGGGAGGUGCUCCGCUGUUUUUGCGGCCCGGCAGAGCAGGGAGAGUUUGUGGAACCAAACUGGCCAAGACGAACCAACCAAAUUUAAACCGCAAUCAAAAGGGGUUGAGAUAAAAGGCUAGCUAGCUGGGGAGGGUUCUCAGGAACUCGAGGGAGACCCAGGGAAGGGUCUCCAGGACCGCGGUAUUUUUUUCACUUGUAAAAAUCUCCGUGCACAAAGAAUCCACUCAAAAACAGGAAGCCGUAAGUAUUGCAUGGUUGAGUGGGGGUGAUUGAGUGUGUGUGAGUGAGACAUGAUUUAUCACGAGGCGAGUAGGGACUCCAAGGUCGCAGUUCCACUGCUCCCGCGAGAGACGUGGUCGACCAUGGAGGAAGCGUGUGUCGUCUUUUCUGUGUUACCCUGAACCUUGGUGGGACGGGGGAACAGAGUCAGUCGCCAGGGGCUGGGAGGGAAAGGGUACAUCCUUAGGAGUUCAGGACUGGUAAGCCCUUCUAGCCGGGACCAGGGAAUGUCCACCAUAAGGGAAUUGAGAGCCCACUGCCAGGUGAACACUCGCGGGACGGUCCCCCGUUGGUUAGUAGCUUGGUAGUACCAAGCCGAGGCUUGGAAAAGUACUGAGUAUAACGGUGUUAUAUUCAGGGUCAGGAGGACGAUAAACAGGGAGGAUGGAAUCCUACCUGAGCAAGAGUCAGGGGAAUUCUGUGGGAGGAAAGACUAGUGUCCCUGAAAUCCCGUGAGGAAGCCCAUUGGGAUGGAUGUUGGAGGUUUGGCAUGAGUGUCCAAUGAGGAGAAGAAAGUCUAAGGAAAAGAUGGUACAUUUUUGUAUGAAGGUCUGGGGAGGAAAGGAGAUUAGAGAGCAUGUAAUUUGGCUGGUGUUUGGCAUGUUCAAGCAGUGGACUUGUCAGGCCCUGAGUGAUUACAUGAAGAGCAAGGAUAAGAGGGAAUUUGAAGAGUAUGAUUAUACCCCUUUAUGGGAGCGGGCGUGAGUUAGGUUGUACCUUGUAAGGGCUGCGGGAAAAGAGGAAUGGGAACCUCCAGAUUAACUUCCCCCUCCCUAUGCAGCACACCUAUCCCUGCCUGCCCCUGCCCCAGCCCCUGUCCCUUCCCUGGCGCAAGCGGGAGCAGCGGCUCCUCAGCCAUUGCCUGCUCAGGCACCUCCCGUGGUGGCUUCUGCGCCACCGCUUGAGGACAGGGCAAGGAAUUUCAAAUACCGCAGGCACCCCCUCCACAUCCCCGGACUUCCCCUGUUUCCGAGGAAUCCUCCUCUGAACAUGGAGGGGCUCCCCUUUCUGGCCCCAGACAGAGCGCAUUGCAUCCGGCGGCCACUCCCCCAUUCAGGACAACUAGGCAGAAAGGAAGAAAAACUGGUGAAGAGUGAAAAUGAAGAGGAUGGGCACAAUUUACUUCCCCUAAGGGAAGUGCCCACUGCUCCUGAUUUUAUUGGCUACAUAGAUGUUCCUAUUAAUACCUCAGAUGUGAAAGCAUUUAAGAAAGAUAUGGGAAGGUUGAUGGAUGAUCCGAUCGGGGUGGCGGAGUGGCUUGAUAAGUUUUUAGGGGCAAGCAUUUAUACCUAUGAAGAUAUGACAGCAAUUUUAAGAUCUUUGUUUAACCAUGAGGAGAGGGAGUUAAUCAGGCAAGCCGAGAUGAGGGAAUGGGAACGUAAGAACCCCCAAAGUUCACCUGGCAAUGUAAAAUGGCCCAGUCAGAAUCCAGGGUAGAAUGCGCAGUCAGAUGAUGAUCGGAAAAUCAUGAUAGAUCUGAGGAAUCUGGUGAGUCAAAGUAUAAGGCAGGCAGUGCCCAAGGGCCAAAAUAUUAGUAAAGCUUUUAAUGAAUGUCAAGGAAAGGAUGAGAUUCCCUCGGAGUAGUUAGACCGACUCCGAAAGAGUCUCCAGAUGUACUCUGGAACCGAUCCCAAUUCUCCGGUGGGAGAGGUGCUUUUGAAAACCCAAUUCGUGGCGAGGUCAUGGGAAAAUAUUAGAAGGAAAUUGGAGAAGAUAGAGGACUGGCAGGCCAAGAGACUGCAAGAAUUGUUGAGGGAAGCGCAGAAAGUGUAUAUGAGAAGGGAAGACGAACAGCAAAAGGCGCAGGCGUGAGUGUUGGUAGCAGCUGUCAAGGAAAUGCAGAGGAAGGAGUUAUCCUCCAACUCUGAGAAAGGAGGGACAAGUGGAACCAGGAGAGGGCGCUCGCCUCAAGGCAGAAAGGAGCCGGGAAAAUCCAAAGAACCAAAAAAGUGUUAUUACUAAGAUGGUAAGGGACAUUUCAAAAGGGAAUGUCCAAAAAGAAUUAAGGAUGAGCAGGUCCUUAAAUUAGACGCAUGAGGAAGUCUUGAGCUCUUUUUCCUAGGGUUAUGACCAUCUGACGAGCCUAAGAUAAAAUUAAGAAUAGGCCCCCACAAAGAAGAGAUUUCUUUCUUGGUAGGCACGGGAGCUGAACGCUCUUCAGUCCAGCGGUUGCCGAGAGGUUGUGUCAAAAGUCGGGGUACAAUGAUGGUGAUAGGGGCAAAGGGGGAACCCUUUAGAGUUCCAGUUAUUAAGAAUGUGGAAAUUGAAUCAGAGAAUAAAAUUUGUGUUGAGAAUGUUAUUGGUAGAGGAAGCUGAUUAUAAUUUGUUAAGAAGAGAUUUGAUUGUUGCAUCAGGAAUUAAUGUGGUAGUUGAGGGUCCAAACAUAGUGGUGAGUUUGUAUAGAUUAACUGAGGAGGAUGAGAAAAAGAUAGACCCCAUGGUGUGGUACCAGCAAGGGGAAGGAAGGAGAAUAGACAUGACUCCGAUUUCUGUUGAGAUUCAGCAGCCUGAGGAACCCAUUAGGGUCAAGCAGUACCCUAUUUCUAUGGAAGGAAGGAAAGGGCUGAAGCCCGUGAUUGAUGAUUUAGUGAAGUGGGGAAUUUUAGAGCGGUGCAUGUCAAGACAUAAUACCCCGAUUUUGGCCGUGAAGAUGCCAGAUGGGAGUUUUAGGUUGGUACAAGAUUUGUGGGCUGUGAAUCAAAGGACAAAAACUAUUUUCCCAGUGGUAGCGAAUCCGUACACCCUUCUGAAUCAGAUUUCCCCUGAAGACAUUGGUAUAGUGUGAUAGAUUUGAAAGACGCGUUCUAGACUUGUCCCAUGGCAGAGGACAGUCGAGAUUGUUUUGCGUUUCAGUGGGAGGAUCCCGAGACCCAUAGAAAGCAACAGUUUUGUUGGACAUCUCUGCCCCAAGGAUUUACUGAUUCCCCAAAUUUAUUUGGUCAAGCUUUAGCGCAACUCCUAAGUCAGUUUGUCCCGGUGGAGGGGACCAAGCUUUUGCAAUACGUGGAUGACUUGUUAGUUGCUGGACCUAGGGAAGAAGAGGUGAGAGCAAGCACUAUAGAACUACUGAACUUCUUAGGGAGGAAGGGAUUGAAAGUGUCCAAGUCAAAAUUACAGUUUGCAGAGCUAGAGGUGAAAUAUUUGGGACACUGGCUCACGAAAGGAAAAAAGAAAUUAGGUUCACAUUGAAUUGCGGGAAUCAUUUCAGUACCACCCCCGAGAUCAAAGAGGGAAGUCAGACAAUUGUUAGGGCUUUUGAAUGUACUGGGGUGACAUUUUCAUGCUUUGUAUCCCAAAUCGUGUGUUUCUGUUCCCAUGUUCUCAGUUUGUUUUGUCUAUAGCUGAGCCCCUCCCCCGGCUGCUUGCUUUCGGCUUGCUUGCUGCUAGCUUUAGGCUGCUUUGCUGGCUUUGCUCUCUUGCUUUCUGCUUUUUUGCUUGCUUUUUGCCAUUUUUCUGCUUUUGUUUUUCCCCUUCUUUCCUUCCUCCCUUCCCUGAAGACAUCGGACCUGCUUCGGGUCCUGAUUCGGGAACGUCAAGGGACCCCCCCUGGAGUCUGCACCUGAGAGAAGCUUUGGCACCCUCCCCAGCAGAGACUGCUCACCCUCUCUUGGACUGGUGAAAACAUUUGUUGUCAUCUCGGACUGUUUUUCUUGUGUUGGGGAGUGGUUUUUUUGUUGUUUCUUAAUAAACAAGUUUUUUCCACUUUUCCUCUGAGGAAAUUCCUCCCAAACCCGGUGGUGGGGGAGGGAGUUGUGGAGAUUUUCCCCUAAUUUUGUCCUAAACCAGGACAAACAUUUUUGGUGGCCCGUACAGGGGGAUUGACCAUACAAAGUGGAAAAAACUUUAUUAGAAUAAUAUUUUGGUUUCAGUUGUUUUGUGGGCAUAUUGGUAUGUCUCUUUUUGAAGGUAUAAUGUCAUUUGGAGUGAAAGCCUGCCUCUAUUUCUGGUCAUUAGGGUUCUUUGAAGUUUUAAUACCUUUGUGGUCCCUAGGUUUAUUUUCUUAUCCAGAAAUAGCUCCGGUAUUGUCCCUAAUGCGUAGCUUUUGUAGCAGAGGGACACUAACCAGAAUAUUUAUCGGGCUGGGCUUGGUUGUGAUGAUUUGCAAGAGGUUUAUAAAAAUGUUGCUAUCGCUUCCAGGAAUGUAUGGUUCAUGGUUGUGGCUGUGUACUCAGUUUGUUAGAGGAGAAGAAGGGGAGGAGGCUUUUCAGCCUUUGCUUUCCUUCUUCUCCUCCGAAUUGUUUACAUCUCUAUUAGAAAAUGUUUGGUUCUCCCUGACUGCCAAGGACACCAUCUUUCUGGCAUUUAAUUUAGUAAGCUUUCUUUAUACUGUCUGCAGUUUAUAUAAGAUGAAGGCUGAGAUUUCUAGAGGGGCUGGUGAGACUCCUGAUUUAGGAAUAAAACCAAGGGUGAAGGAUCCUGAGUGGUGUGGGAAAUGGGAGGAUAUGGGCCGAAUUUUAAAGGCGUUUUCUGAUCCUGUAGUCUGGGACUUUCCAUCUGAACAAAUUCAGAACCCAGCUGAGGUGGUAAAGUAUCUGAAAGAGAGGUGCCAUGGUAACGCUAAGGAGGAAAGGAUCAUUGCAGUGAGCUGGGCCCUGGCACAUGCUUAUCGCACCCUGCUAGACACUGUAGGGCAACAGAUAGAGGAAAGGGAACAGGGAGAUAAAUUAGUUACUGUCCCAGUCACUCAGGCUGCAGCAAACAUCCCAGGCUCCAGGCCAGUAGUUAAACCAGAGAGUAAGCCUCAACCAAUGGCUGUUGCUGCAAAUACAAAAGGUGGAAAGUGUAAAAGCAAGACUGACUGAAGGGUGGAGGAUGAUGAUGAUCCAAGAGAAGGACCAUCACCAACAUCAGAGACCACACCAAGUGGCACAGAUUCCAGAGCCAAUAUUGAUUCCUUCUCCCUGAAGGACCUUCGAGGCCUAAGAAAGGAUUAUAGGCGACAGCCCGAUGAGUCUAUAAUUAGUUGGCUAGUCCGCCUUUGGGAUGCGGCAGGGGAGGCUACCAUUCUGGAUGGCACUGAAGCGAGGCAUUUAGGAUCCCUGUCACAUGAUCCUGUCAUCGACCAAGGCAUGAUGAGGAGGGCUAGCCCUCACAGCCUCUGGGAACGGGUCCUAGACAGCGUAGCACAAAGAUACCUGUGUGCAGAUGACCUUUAUAUUCAGCAGACACGGUGGAAGACCAUAGAACGGGAUCCAACGCUUGAGGGAGAUGGCAGUGGUAGAGAUCAUUUUUUCAGAUGACAUAACAACUAGGAAUCCGGACUUCGUACCGUGCACACCUGUAAUGUGGAGGAAACUUGUGCGCCUUGGGCCACCUGAAUACGCUUCUGCUCUAGCAAUAAUGAAGCGGGAUGAGAUAUAUGAGACUGUGCUCGAUAUGGCAAAGAAGCUUCGGGCAUAUGCGGAUGCUGUACAUGGCCUGACUCAUGCCAGAAUUGCAGCUGUGGAAACACAACUGCAGAAAUUAGAAGACAAAAUAGAGGAAAGUCAUAAGAAACUCAGGGAAGAGAUUAAGGAGGACCUCCUCCAAAUCUCAGCUGUACAAAUUAGAGGCCCUAGUAUCCAACGCAGACGUUCCCUUGUUGGGGAGAGAAGGUACACCCCACGAGCUGAGUUGUGGUUCUUCCUACGUGAGUCUGGAGAAAACAUGAGGAGAUGGGAUGGGAAGCCUACUGCUACUCUGGCACAACGGGUGCGUGAAUUGAAGGAAGGUAGGAAAAGGGAAGCAGCUCCAGUUGCCCGUAGUCGAACUGUCAGGCAUAAUGAUGACGAUGACUUGUCCGAUCCCCUUGAAGGAACCUCCAAGACAUAUGUCUCAGGAAAGAAGGAUAACCAGGCUUAGAGGGGCCCUGCCUCUAGCCAGGUAGAGGUUAGGGAAAACCAAGUUUUUUGGACAGUAUGGGUUCUAUGGCCUGGCACAUCAGAGCCACAGAAAUAUAAAGCUUUGGUUGAUACCGGUUGUCAGUGUACCCUAAUGCCAUCAGAACAUGAGGGAGCAAAACCUAUUUCCAUUGCCGGUGUGACGGGGGGAUCACAAGAGUUGACCCUGUUGGAAGCCAAGGUGAGCCUGACCGGGAAGGAGUAGCAGAAACAUCCGAUUGUGACUGGCCCAGAGGCUCCGAGUAUUCUGGGCAUAGACUAUCUCAGGAAUGGCUAUUACAAAGACCCUAAGGGGUUCAGGUGGGCUUUUUGAAUAGCUGCCAUGGAGGCAGAGGACAUUAAGAAAUUGAACACCUUGCCUGGACUGUCAGAGAACCCAUCUGCAGUAGGACUCCUGAAGGUAGAAGAGCAAUGAGUACCUGUUGCCACCUCGACAGUGCAUCGCCGGCAGUAUCGAAUGAAUCAAGAUGCUGUGAUCCCCAUUCACAAGAUGAUUCGAGAGUUAGAGAGCCAAGGGGUGGUUAAUAAAACCCACUCACCCUUCAACAGUCCCAUCUGGCCUGUGCGUAAAUCUGAAGGAGAAUGGAGAUUGACCGUGGAUUACCGUGCUUUGAAUGAAGUGACUCCACCACUGAGCGCCGCUGUGCUGGACAUGCUGGAACUCCAGUACGAGCUGGAGUCCAAGGCAGCGAAGUGGUAUGCCACAAUCGACAUCGCUAAUGCGUUUUUCUCAAUUCCUCUGGCUGCAGAAUGCAGGCCUCAGUUUGCUUUCACCUGGAGGGGCGUGCAGUACACCUAGAACUGACUGCCCCAGGGGUGGAAGCACAGUCCUACCAUCUGUCAUGGACUGAUCCAGACUACACUAGAAAAGGGUGAGGCUCCAGAACAUUUACAAUACAUUGAUGAUAUCAUUGUGUGGGGAAACACAGCAGCAGAAGUGUUUGAGGAAGGAGAGAAAAUCAUCCAAAUUCUCCUGGAAGCUGGCUUUGCCAUUAAGAAAAGUAAAGUUAAGGGACCUGCUCGGGAGAUCCAGUUCCUGGGAGUGAAGUGGCAAGAUGGACGGCGCCAGAUUCCUACUGAUGUCAUUAACAAAAUCACCGCUAUGUCCCCACCAACCAACAAGAAGGAAACACAAGCUUUCUUAGGUGCUAUAGGUUUCUGGAGGAUGCACAUUCCUGAAUAUAAUCAGAUUGUGAGCCCUCUUUACUUGGUUACCCGCAAGAAGAACGAUUUCCACUGGGGCCCUGAACAGCAGCAAGCCUUUGCCCAGAUCAAGCAGGAGAUUGCUCAUGCGGUAGCCCUUGGCCCCGUCAGGACAGGACCAGAGGUGAAGAACGUGCUCUACUCUGCAGCUGGGAACCAUGGCCUGUCCUGGAGCCUCUGGCAGAAGGUGCCUGGUGAGACCCGAGGCCGACCAUUGGGAUUCUGGAGUCGGAGCUACAGAGGGUCUGAAGCCAACUACACCCCAACGGAGAAAGAAAUCCUGGCCGCGUAUGAAGGAGUCCAAGCUGCUUCAGAAGUGAUUGGUACCGAGGUACAACUCUUCCUGGCACCUCGACUACCCGUGCUGGGGUGGAUGUUUAGAGGAAAGGUUCCCUCCACCCAUCAUGCCACCAAUGCUACAUGGAGCAAGUGGAUUGCCCUCAUUACACAGCGUGCCCAAAUUGGGAAACUAAAUCGUCCUGGGAUUUUGGAGGUAAUUACAAAUUGGCCUGAGGGUGAAAGCUUCAGUCUCACUGGUGAAGAGGGAGAACAGCAAGUGACCCGUGCUGAAGAAGCUCCACCAUAUAACCAACUGCCGGCAGAAGACACACGCUACGCUCUUUUUACUGAUGGUUCCUGUCGCCUUGUGGGGAUGAACCGGAAGUGGAAAGCAGCCGUAUGGAGCCCCACACGACAAGUUGCACAAGCUAUCGAAGGAGAAGGUGGAUCGAGUCAACUUGCGGAGCUCAAAGCCGUUCAGUUGGCCCUGGACAUUGCUGAAGCAGAGAAGUGGCCAAAACUUUACCUUUAUACUGAUUCCUGGAUGGUAGCCAAUGCUCUGUGGGGAUGGCUGAAGAGAUGGAAGGAGGCGAACUGGCAGCGCAGAGGAAAACCAAUUUGGGCUGCUGAAGAAUGGAAAGACAUCGCUACCCGGUUAGAGAAACUACCUGUGAAGGUUCACCAUGUAGAUACCCAUGUCCCUAGAAGCAGAGCUAAUGAGGAGCAGCAGAACAAUCAGCAGGUAGAUCAGGCUGCAAAGAUAGGGGAGUUGAAGAUAGAUCUUGACUGGGAGCACAAAGGAGAGCUGUUCCUAGCACGAUGGGCCCAUGAUGCCUCAGGCCACCAGGGUAGAGAUGCCACCUAUAAGUGGGCACGAGACCAAGGGGUGGAUCUAACCAUGGACAGCAUUUCUCAGGUUAUUCAUGACUGUGAGACAUGUGCUGCCAUUAAACAGGCUAAGCGGGUGAAGCCCCUCUGGUAUGGGGGGCGGUGGUCCAAGUACAAGUAUGGGGAGGCCUGGCAGAUUGAUUACAUCACGCUGCCUCAAACCCGCCAAGGCAAGCGCCAUGUACUAACCAUGGUAGAAGCCACUACGGGAUGGUUGGAAACCUACCCCGUGUCUCAUGCUACAGCCCGCAACACCAUCCUGGGCCUUGAAAAGCAGGUCCUUUGGAGGCAUGGUACUCCUGAGAGGAUUGAGUCAGACAAUGGGACUCAUUUUAAAAAUAAUCUUAUUAACACCUGGGCUAGGGAACAUGGCAUAGAGUGGGUGUACCACAUCCCCUACCAUGCACCAGCUGCAGGUAAAGUGGAGAGGUACAAUGGAUUGUUAAAAACCACUUUGAAAGCACUGGGUGGGGGUUCUUUCAAGAACUGGGAGCAGCAUUUAGCAAGAGCCACCUGGUUAGUUAACACUUGAGGUUCCACCAACCGAGCAGGUCCUGCCCAGUCUGAGCCCCUUAAUAUAGUAGAUGGAGAUAAAGUCCCAGUGGCCCAUGUCAGAGGUUUGUUGGGGAAGACAGUAUGGAUUAAUCCUUCCUUGAGUACAGGCAAACCCAUUCGUGGGAUUGUCUUUGCUCAAGGACCAGGUUAUACCUGGUGGAUAAUGCAGAAAGAUGGGACAACCCGUUGUGUACCUCAGGGAGAUCUGAUUGUGGGAUAUCGUUUGCUGAGCGUUACCACCAUUAUCUGUACGUUAGAUCAUACAGAUAUGAGACAGAAGGAAACGUGAAAGUGUCAAAGGUCUGAGCAAGUGAGAUGGAAGGAAAUGUGUAAGUGUGGAAGGUUUGAGCAAGUGAGAAGAAAGUUUUUACAUUGUGUUCAGUAACAUGUUCACGAUAUGGGAUAAGGGGUGGAAUGUCCUGGGGUGACAGGACAUUUUCAUGCUUUGUAUCCCAAAUCGUGUGUUUCUGUUCCCAUGUUCUCAGUUUGUUUUGUCUGUAGCUGAGCCCCUCCCCCGGCUGCUGGCUUUCGGCUUGCUUGCUGCUAGCUUAUGCUCACUUUGCUGGCUUUGCUCUCUUGCUUUCUGCUUUUUUGCUUGCUUUUUGCCAUUUUUCUGCUUUUGUUUUUCCCCUUCUUUCCUUCCUCCCUUCCCUGAAGACAUCGGACCUGCUUCGGGCCCUGAUUCGGGAACGUCAAGGGAACCCCCCCCGGAGUCUGCACCUGAGAGAAGCUUUGGCACCCUCCCCAGCAGAGACUGCUCACCCUCUCUUGGACUGGUGAAAAUAUUUGUUGUCAUCUCGGACUGUUUUUCUUGUGUUGGGGAGUGGUUUUUUUGUUGUUUCUUAAUAAACAAGUUUUUUCCACUUUUCCUCUGAGGAAAUUCCUCCCAAACCCGGUGGUGGGGGAGGGAGUUGUGGAGAUUUUCCCCUAAUUUUGUCCUAAACCAGGACAGGUUAUUGCAGACAGUGGAUUGAAAGUUAUAGUGAGAAAAUGAAGUUUUUGUAUGAAAAGAUGACCACGGAUAAAGUGGUCAGAGCAGGACGAGAGAAGGUUUGAAGAGUUGAAAGGGACUCUGGUUAGCGCUCCUGUUCUAAGCCUUCCUGAUAUAAGAAAGCAGUUCCAGUUGUUUGUAGAUGCAAGCAAUCACACAGCGCAUAGAGUGUUAACGCAGGACUGGGCGGGCAUUAGAAAACCAGUGAGGUAUGUGUCAAAGCUUUUGGACCCUGUGAGCCAUGGCUGGCCGACUUGUCUGCAGGCGGUAGUGGCUGUGGCAUUGAUAGUGGAGGAAGCGAAAAAAAUUGCCUUGGGGGCACCUUUGGUAGUAUACACCCCGCAUAAUGUUAGGGGUAUACUCCAACAAAAAGCAGACAAGUGGCUCACAGAGGCUAGGUUGUUGAAAUAUGAAGCUAUUUUGAUACAUUCUCCUGAGCUGGAGUUGCAGACUGCGGCCGUCUGAAACCCCGCCCAGUUCUUGUUCGGAGAAGUAGCGGAAGAAUGCAAUCAUGAUUGUUUGGAGGUAGUGGAAUUGCAAACAAAAAUAAGACUGGACUUAGAGGAUGAGAAGCUGGAAGAAGGUGGGAAGUGGUUUGUAGACAGUUCUGUGAGAGUGAUAGAAAGGAAAAGAAAGUCAGAGUAUGCAGUGGUAGAUGGCAAAUCUAGAGAAGUGAUUGAGUCAGGACUGUUGAGUGCUGUCUGGUCAGCACAAGCCUGCGAGCUGUACGCAGUUCUGCAGGCACUUAAGGGACUUAAAGGGAAAUGCGGAACCAUUUUCACAGAUUCCAGAUAUUCAUUCGGGGUGGUGCACACUUUUGUGAAGAUUUAGGAAGAACCUAAGUUGAUUAGUACCAAAGGAAAGGGGUUGAUUCAUCAGGAAUUAAUAAAACAAAUUUUAGAACCUGUAAGGGGACCAGAAGCCAUCGCAGUGGUUCAUGUAAAGGGACAUCAGUCAGGGCUUCAAUUUAGAACGAGGGGAAACAAUUCAGCUGAUAAAGAAGCAAAAAGGGCAGCAAUUUUAGUAAUGAGCAUCUCAGAAACUGAGAAAGAAAGUAUCCCGAAUUAUCCUCCCCGGUUAUCCCCACAGGAAAUAGAAGAAUAUAAGAAGUUAGAGAGCAGAUGAGAGGAGAGAAAAUGGAAGCUACCAGAUGGUAGAGAAUUGUUAUCAAAGGAAUAUACCAGGAGAAUUUGGAAUAAGUUACAUAAACAAACUCGUUGGGGGACUCAGGCUUUGGCUGAACAUUUUCUAAAAUUUUUUGGGUGUAAGGGAAAACAGGAGAUAAUGGGAUGCCUGAUAUGCCAGAAAAUAAAUCAGGCCAAGUUAAGAUAGACCCCUCCAGAGGGGCAGCCCCUGGCAUAUCAACUGUUUGGGAGGGUACAAGUGGAUUUUACACAGCUACCCAAGGUGGGGAGGUGCAAAUAGUUAUUAGUAAUAGUAGAUCAACUCACUCACUGGGUGGAGGCUUUUCCUACAGCUAGGGCUACAGCCCAAACUGUUAGGAACGAAAGAAAAAAAAAAAAAAACCAAAAAAAAACCCAACAACAAAACAACCACCCCACAACUGACCCUCUCCUGGCUAGAGUAACACCCCCCACACCCCAGACAAUCUGAGUAGGGAGAGCUGCCCUGAAGGAAAGUUGCCUGGCAACUUUUCCCUACCUAAUUGAAAUGUGAAAAGAAGCUGCCCACACCUAGAUAGCCCUAUUGUCCUUUGUAACUACCUCAUUUAGCAAGAGUAACUUCGGCUAUGACCAGGACAAAUGCAUAUGCAUUUGGAUAUGCAGAUAGGGCAGGGCCGCCCCCGUGGAUCCUGGGAGGUUUUUUUUGGGGAAACUGCACCCCAGGACAGGAAGCUAGAUUCGUCAGAAGAGAAUUGGAUAGUGCCCUGGCUGAGCGGGGAGUGGGUGCACCUCCUGGCCUGGUUUGAAGAUUGGCCAUGACCUGUGAGGAGCCUGAAUGGAAUGGGAACCAGCCAGCUGAGCUGACUGAUGCAGAGAAUGGGAAACUCUUGAAACUUUUCCCUGAGGGCAAAGAGCUGACUGCCAGUGCUCUGCCUUCUGAUGGUUGACCAGAGAGAACUGCCAGCUGUUUCUAUGGGAACAAGGACUCAGCAUCCACUGGGACAGCACCUGCUCCUUCAGAUGGCUGCAGUAGUGUGGAAAACUCCGAUCGGACUUUGCAAUCCUGCUGAUGAUUUUAAUAAUGAGCUGAUCACUUUAAUAAAGAGCUGAAUAUUAAUAAAGGCAUAUGUCCUGUUCUUUUCAAUUGGGGACUCA